AUGCCGUCGCAGCAGGACCGCACGACAGAGCGCAGCGGCCGAGAGCCGUCGCGGGACCCGUCAUCUUCGGGCAGCGGCGGGCGGAUUGGUCGGUACCAGAUCAUCAAGACGCUUGGAGAAGGAUCGUUUGGAAAAGUGAAGUUGGCGUACCAUCUGGGAACUCGCCAGCGAGUCGCGCUGAAGAUCAUCAACCGCAAGACGCUCGCGAAAUCGGAUAUGCAAGGACGGAUCGAGCGUGAGAUUUCGUACCUGCGUUUAUUGCGCCAUCCGCACAUCAUUAAGCUGUACGAUGUCAUAAAAUCCAAGGACGAGGUCAUCAUGGUGAUUGAAUUCGCCGGCAAAGAGCUUUUUGAUUACAUUGUGCAGCGGGGCAAGAUGCCGGAGGACGAAGCGCGGCGGUUUUUUCAGCAGAUCAUUGGUGCGGUCGAGUACUGUCAUCGACACAAGAUUGUGCAUCGCGAUUUGAAGCCGGAGAAUCUGCUGCUGGACGACAAUCUGAAUGUGAAGAUUGCGGAUUUCGGACUGUCAAAUAUCAUGACGGACGGGAAUUUCCUCAAGACGAGCUGCGGAUCGCCAAACUAUGCCGCGCCGGAGGUUAUCUCUGGCAAGCUCUAUGCGGGUCCGGAGGUUGACGUGUGGAGCUGCGGAGUUAUCCUGUACGUGAUGCUCUGUGGACGACUACCGUUUGACGACGAGUUCAUCCCGACGCUGUUUAAGAAGAUCAACGGGGGUGUGUACUCGCUGCCGUCGUAUCUGUCACCUGGGGCGAAGCAUUUGCUGCAGCGGAUGCUUGUCGUGAACCCGAUGAACCGGAUUACGGUGCGGGAGAUUAUGCAGGACAAGUGGUUCAAGGUUAAUCUCCCUGCGUAUCUGCUUCCUCCAGAGGAGAAGAACAAGACGGACGACUUGAGUGAGAUUGACGAGACGGUUGUUGGAGCGCUUGGGCGGACUAUGGGCUACGACAAGGAAGAGGUGUACGACGCGCUGAAGAGCUCGAAGGAAGGCGGCGGAGCUACGAAUAGCGAGAUCAGAGACGCGUACGAGCUGAUGAAGGAGAACAAGCUGAUGGAGAACGACGCGGGCAAGGACGGGCUGUCGUCCAGUCCGCCCUCCUGGUCGAGCGAAGGGCUGCGGUCGAAUCCGGGCUCGAUCUCGCGGAAACGGAACGAGCAGACGCUGACGUUUGACAAUCCGCAUCUGACGAACGCGCUGAACGCGACGGACAUCUCGACGCCGAACACGACGAUCGCGGUGCUGCCGUCGUCGCUGCCGACGUACCACAAGGCGAAUAUGAUGGCGAUGUACCCGGGUAUGUCUGCGCAUCUGGAGAAGCUUGCGCACGCGGCGUCGUCAGCGUCGCGCAAGUCCAAGACGCGGUGGCAUUUUGGGAUCAGGAGUCGGUCGUACCCGAUCGAUGUGAUGUCGGAGAUCUACAGGGCGCUGAAGGGACUCGGGGCGGAGUGGGCGAAGCCUACGGAGGAGGACCCGUGGACGAUUCUGGUGCGAUGGCGGUACAUGCCGCGGGAGCCGUUAGCGGACGGGGCGGAGUUGCAAGGGGAGCAAGGGAAGCUGAUGAAGAUGCAGAUCCAGCUGUAUCAGCUGGAGCAGAACAACUAUCUUGUUGACUUUAAGUUUGACGGGUGGUGGACGGAAGGGGACGAGCACACGAUGGCGAAGGAGAAGCAGCUUCUGCGGCGGCGGCGGAGUAGUACGAAUAUGGCGCGGAGCAGCAGCGAAGACGAGACGCUUUCGACGUAUCCGUUUUUGCAUAUGGCUACGCGGCUGAUUAUGGAGUUGGCGGUGAACAGCCAGGCGGCGUAG